GGAAAAGACAAGAUGGAGCGACAGGGAGUGGACAUGCCCCGUGUAGAGUGCAAGGACCAGGAGCCGCAGCCAUUGGGGGAGAGCAAGGAGCAUCAGCAGUGUGAGGAGAAACUGGAAGAGGAAGCUGGUGGAGGGCCAGCUAGUGCCAGUCGUCAGCUGGUCAUGCUGGAAGGGAAGUCAGGAGCCUACUUCUCCUCUCUGGACUCAAGCAUAGACAUCCUGACCAAGAGAGCCCAGGAACUGAUCGAAAACAUCAAUGAGAGCAGGCAAAAAGACCAUGAACUCAUGACCAACUUCAGGAACAGCCUCAAGAUCAAGGUUUCAGAUCUGAUAGAGAAGUUAGAAGAGAGGAUAUAUCAGAUUUAUAAUCACCACAACAAGAUCAUCCAGGAGAAACUCCAGGAGUUCACCCAGAAAAUGGCAAAGAUCAACCAUUUGGAGACAGAGCUCAAGCAAGUCUGCCACAGUGUGGAGACGGUGUACAAGGAUCUGUGUGUCCAGCCUGAGCAGAACCUAAGACUCAGACAUGGGCCAGACCACUCUUGGGGAAAGUCCCUGCCACGUCCCAGCAACUCACAGCCACCAGACGUGUUCGUUUCUCCUGUGGCUGAAACUACUUCUCAGGCCACUGCUUCAGAAGAACAGACCCACAGAGAUGGUGAAUGACAGCUGCCGGGAGACUUGCGCCUUAAUGACAGCCACCAGGAGAAGGCUCAGAGGCUGCCGUUAGGGCCACACUGAGAAAAUUGUUUUUCAUAGUUCUGUUAUGCAUCUUGGUGAGACAAACAAACCCCAAAGCUUUUGGUGCUGGACCCCAUGGGCCCAGCCCACUUGACAGAAUCACACUAGCCCCACCCUGCACGUUG